AGUCCUUUGAUGCAUGUCCUCCCCUCUCUCUCCAAUACUUUCCUAUCUAUCUCACUCUAUCAUAAAGCAUAACAAUUUAACAAAUUAAUAAAAAUAAACGUGAUAUAAAAGAUUCAGGUGAAAGCGUAAUUCCAGGCAGGGGUCACCGACAAAUUCAAAAGUAUGUCUCAUAAUGGGGGAGGCCCCUUGUGCGUCACUAGCCUUUAAAGCCCGGAGGUCCUCAGCUCACUCUCACUCUCACGCUCACUCUCGAACUGCGGAAACUUUUCUCAUUCUCCACGAACGGUCGGACUUCACACACAUCACCACCAUGCUGAGGAGUGACGUGUUCUCCUGUUUCGUGUUCUACGCUGUGAUUCUCAUUUUAAAGAUGUACUUUUUAGCGAUCCUGACAGGACAGCUCCGGCUCCGGAAAAAGGCUUUUGCGAACCCAGAAGACGCGGUGAGACAUGGUGGUCUUGAGUUCUUCAGAGAGGACCCAGACGUGGAGCGCUGCAGAAGAGCUCACCUCAACGACCUGGAGAACAUCCUCCCCUUCCUCUUCCUGGGCGCUGUCUACUCCCUGACUGGACCGUCACUUCCUGUGGCGCGACUCCACUUCCUGGUCUUCCUGCUGUGCCGUGUGCUGCACAGUGCGGCCUACCUGUUGGCGUUGACCCCUCCCACCCGCUCUGUGGCGUACGUCCUGGGCCAGGUGCCUUGCGUGUCCAUGGCACUGCAGGUGCUGGUGGCGGUGGUCCCGUACGCCUGACGCACUCCGCUCCCCUCGUGAGGGCCGCUGGACACUGACCCACUGGUCACCCUCUUCAGCGAGGACAGGGGCACCCGAGAUACAAGGAGAGAGAAUACACUACAAGACCAGGAUUAACAGUCAGACUGCAAUAUGUGGUGUGUGUGCUCACACCAAUGGUCGAUCCUAUGAAGUGCUCACUGCUCAGUAUUGUGUUUUGGUCAUUUUGUUAACGUAAUAUUCAAGAUGUGAUACUGCCCGAGGGAUAUGUUGUUAAGUGAAGACAUCAUGUACUGUACAUUUAUUUUAUUUGAUAUGUUUUUGUAAUGCAAAUGAAGGUUGAGUUUUAUCGUGAAGCUUCUCUUCAUCAAUUAAAUGACCUCACAGAGUUAGGAAAAGAGAAUGCACACGCACACACAGACACUGCUAGAGCACCAGAAUCCACUGUGUUCCCUUGGCCUCGACGCAGCAGACGUCCUGAUGGGGCCAUGCUGUCUUUGACGUCUGAUUUACGUUCACUAGAGGCCGGAUGCAUACGAGUGGACAGUCUGCUAGUGUCCUUAAACCAUCCGGCCCCAAGCCAACCUUGCUAACUGUAGCCGCUCGCUUACAAUCACGUUUGUUGAACAAAGCAGCCCAGAGGUUGAUGAGGUUUAUGGGUUCGUUCAUCUUUCCACUGCAUGGGUAGCACAACAUUAUUAUUUUAGAAUUUCUCAGAUAACUUAUUUUAAAGAAAGUAUGAAACUGCCGUUUUAUUUUUGUAGCACUGCCUCGCUCUGUAACUUUAACUCUGUAAAUUGAACAAACUGUCUCUAGAAAUGACAUUGUUAAUAUUGGACUUAAUAACAUACAAAGUGUAAAGGUGCAA